GUCUAUAUAAGAUGGGGAGAUUCCACGAGAUCCAGCAGGCAAUGGCUAUGGCAUCUGUAAAUGUACAUUGCAUGAAUCCCGGUGACAAAGAUAUUAGCUAUGCCAAUAAUUCCUCACUACAAAAAAAUAUAUUAUUGAAGACAAGGCAGUUUCUAGAGGAUACAGUCAAAGACAUGCUGAGCAAGUUUUUGCCAGUCACUUGUCUUAAGGUGGCGGACUUGGGUUGUGCUUCAGGUCCCAACACGUUCUUCUCAACAUAUGAAAUUAUGGAUACCAUCACUAGGAUUUGCCAAAAACAACACUGGGAAUCACCUGAGCUUCAAGUGUUCCUCAACGAUCUUCCCGAGAACGACUUCAACGCAGUAUUUAGAUCAGUUCCAGCUUUGAAUGAAAGGCUGAAGAAAGAUGAGGGAGACCUGAGGGGGCCUUGUUUUAUAGUUGGAGUACCAGGUUCCUUUUACCAAAGACUUUUUCCAAGCAGGAGCAUGCACUUCGUAUACUCUUCUUCUAGUCUCCAUUGGCUCUCAAAGGCCCCAAGAGGAGACAAGGGAAACAUAUACAUGUCAAAGUCUAGCUCUGCUGAUGCAUUCAAAGCUUAUUCGGAACAAUUUCGAAUGGACUUUUUGAAAUUUUUACGCUUACGUUCCGAAGAAAUGGUGGGUGGAGGACGAAUGCUUCAUUGCUUAGUUGGUAGAAGCAGUACUGAUCCCACAAGCAAUGAUUGUUGUUCUAUAUAUGAACUUUUAAAUAAAUCACUCUUCGACUUGGUGGCCAAGGGGCUGGUGCAAGAAUCUAAUGUGGAUUCAUUCAAUGUGCCUUAUUAUAACCCUUGCGAACAAGAAAUGAGGGAGAUCAUUGAAGAGGAAGGAUCGUUCAAUCUUGAUAAGAUAGAAGUAUUUGAAGUGAAUUGGGAUUUUGAAGACAACAAUGGCAACAAAAACUAUGUGUUUGAAAAGAAUAAAAGCGGGCAAAAUGUUGCAAAAACCGUAAGAGCGGCUUAUGAAUAUAUACUUGCUAGUCAUUUCGGAGAGAUCAUAAUCGAUGAACUGUUCACAAGAUAUGCACAAUAUGUGGGUGAGCAUUUGUCUGAGGAAAAGACAAAGUUCAUUACUUUUGUGGUUUUAAUGACCAAGAAAUAGUUGGUUAUAUGUA